GAAUCACCUGAAGAUCUUUGUAAACUCUCUCUCCUCGGAGUGGACCCCCGUAACAAUGUGUCCAAAGCUCUUCAGGUGAUUCCGACAUGGAGCCACCGAUGAGAAUCCCUACAUGUCUCCAACUAGGGCCCUUCUAGCAGUCCCAAAGAAGGCAGGCUGGUGUGAGCUCACACUCUCCGGCAGUCAGCCAACUGCCCAGUUAAACAGACGUGUAUCGUGGGCUUUCCUCUUCCGGCGCAAAAAUGUGCACAUACCCUGCCUCGGGCCCAGCCUUGUCCUAGAACCAAAUUCUGCCUUUCUCCCAAAUUUCAGAACAAAAUGCCUGAAAGCGGACAAGCUGAAGCAUGGAAAAACCUCUUCCAAGCGCCAGGAGCGCCAGGAGACUCGUUCUCUGUCUUCCGUCGGUGAAAAACAAGGGUAGGGACCGGCCCCAAAGAUCACAUUUCCUUCGGAUGGCCCUUCCAUCAGAGGACUGGAGGGACGUGACAACACACGUAGGCAGUACUUCCAGGGUCUUACAAUUCUCCCAUACAUCUUCUCUCACCUGGCUACAGCAACUGGAACGCUCUAUUCAAACCGCCAGAGAGCCUUCAGCCCGGUUCCCAGAAACGUGCGCUUGCGCAAAAUUUCACACGUCAUAGUGGGGCGCGCCGACCGCUGAGACUUCUGGGAAAUGGAGUCUGUGAGGAGGCCGAACACUGUGAGCGCAGACGUCAGAGCCUUUACGCAGGCGCAUUGCUUUUCAGACCUGAAGAGGCGCCGUCUUCCUGGGUACCCAGCACUCUGUGUAGGAGAAAUACUCUGAGAACCAGCAGUUGGACAAGAGAAAACACAAGUGACUCCAUGUGAAUUUGGACUCUGGCCUUUUCUACAAGGAGAGUACACAGGAGGGAAUGGCUGCUGUGUCUCCGACUGCCAGAUGCCAGGAAUCAGUGACAUUCGAGGAUGUGGCCGUGAUUUUCACAGAUGAGGAGUGGAGACAUCUAGUCCCUAUUCAGAGGGACCUCUACAAGGAGGUGAUGCUGGAAAACUAUAAGAGUAUUGUCUCAUUAGGACUUCCAGUUCCUCAACCUGACAUCAUUUUUCAGUUGAGGAGAGGGGAUGAGCCUUGGGUAGUUGAUCUUCACGGAUCUGAGGAGAGAGAAUGUCCAGAGAAUGUCUCUCUAGACCGGGAGACUAAGCCCGAGAUUCACGGUCCUUCAGAAGGAGAAGAAUCAGAAGGAAUGGGGAGGGGAAAGCUUCGAGGAGAAGUUCCCGUAUGUCCUAAAUUCGACGCUCAUGCACUGGAGGGUGAGUCAGAAGCAGGGAAAGAGAGGCCUGCCAUCCAGACCUGCAAGAAGUCCCUUUCCCAGAAGGAAAGCUUGCAGCCGGGGUCUACCCCUCUCAAGAAAAUCCUCACUAAAGAGAGAGACCAGGAAUGCAGCCACUGUGGGAAGACCUUUUUUGACCACUCAUCCCUUACCCGCCACCAGAGGACUCACACUGGAGAGAAGCCCUAUGACUGUCACGAGUGUGGGAAGGCCUUCAGUCACAGGAGCAGUCUCAGUAGACAUCUGAUGUCUCACACGGGGGAGAGCCCCUAUGAAUGCAAUGCCUGUGGGAAGGCCUUUUUCGACCGGUCAUCCCUAACUGUCCAUCAGCGAAUUCAUACUGGAGAGAAGCCCUUUAAAUGCAGUGAGUGUGGAAAAGCCUUCUUCGACCGCUCAUCCCUUACUCGACACCAGAGAAUCCACACCGGAGAAAGCCCUUAUGAAUGUAAUCAGUGUGGGAAAGCCUUCAGCCAGAAAAGUAUUCUCACUCGACAUCAGCUCAUCCACACCGGCAGGAAGCCUUACGAAUGUAACGAGUGUGGGAAAGCCUUCUACGGCGUGUCAUCACUGAACAGACAUCAGAAGGCUCACACUGGAGAACCUCACUAUCAGUGCAGUGAGUGCGGGAAAGCUUUCUUCGACCGUUCAUCCCUUACACAGCAUCAGAAGAUCCACACCGGAGACAAGCCGUAUGAGUGCGCCGAAUGCGGGAAAGCCUUUAGCCAGAGAUGCCGGCUCACGCGGCAUCAGCGAGUGCAUACAGGAGAGAAACCCUUUGAAUGCAGCGUGUGUGGGAAAGUCUUCAGUUCUAAGUCAUCCGUUAUUCAACACCAACGGCGUUACGCCAAACAAGGAAUAGACUGAGUUGGGUGAAAGCUUUAGUCAAAGGACCUCCGUAGAAACUCAACCUAGGUCUUCCCCAUUGUAAGCAAACCCAUCCUUUGAGCAUUCUACUUAUUCUGGCUACGCCUCUCCUUUUCCACCUCUGCUACCACAGUGUGAAUAAACAUUCUCUACUUACCGUGUUCUAGAACUGCAGGAUGCCAGAAGUUAGGAUGUGACUCUAAAGGGUCGACACUUUGCAGAAGUUUGUUAGACAACAGGAUAAAUAUUAGGAGGUGAUCGUCAGACAUGUCUCUUGUCUGAGGCCCCAAAUAUCACUGCACUUUAAAAACCGGAGGCUCAAGCAGGAGGGAAGGCGAAGUUAAAACAGCACUGUCGUUUCCAGAACACUUCUUUUUAUAGCUUGCGUCCCUUUCCCUGGGCGCUUUUUUGGGCCCUGGUCUUGUUCUUUGUGUCCCAACUUCUAGGUUCCUUUCUACUACUACUACUACUACUACUACUACUACUACUACUGCUGCUGGCUAGCACUUAGUGCUACUACUACUACUACUGCUGGCUAGCACUUACUGAGCGCUCACUAUGGGGUAAGCACUCAGUGGAGAGUUUGGCAAAGAGUAGACUGUUUGGUCCUCUCACCAACCCUGUGAAGUAGAAGUAGGUACUAUUACUAUCCUCAUUUUACAUAUAAGCAGACUAAAAUUUAGAGGUAUUAAAUAAUUUGCCCAAAGUGACACAGCUUGUAAAAGGUGAAGCUAAUCCUUGAAUACAAGUCUACCUUCAAAGUCUAUUCUCUUAACCAUUAUGCUAUGUGGUUUAAUAAUUUAUGUACAGGUAUCAUCUCCUCAACUAGAUUAGAAGCACUUGGAGGCGUGACUUAGGUGUCUUUGCAUCUCACACAGUGCCUUGCACAUAAUAGGUGCUCAAUAAAUAUUUAUCUGAAUUAGUGAUUUUUCUACUUACCAGGUUCUCUCUAUUUAAAACAUCUGUUGAGUGUACAUCCUUUCUCUGAAUUUUCAGUGUAGACUGCACCUUUAUCCUCUCAGGCUCCCAUUACUGUGGUAGUCAUUGAAUUCUUCCCUCUUCCUUAUUUUUUUUUUUAUUAAAAGAUUUUAUUUAUUUGUCAGAGAGAGAGUGUGUGUGCAUGCACAAGCAGG